AUGCAGGCCACAAUUUCCAACCAAAAGAGCACGGAGUUUGCAAUCAAAAACCUAGAAAUCCAAGUAGGGCAGUUGGCCAAACAGUUAGCAGAAAACUCUUCUAGCACUUUUGGGGAAAACACUAAGAAGAAUCUGAAAGAAGAGUGCAAAGUUGUGAUGACCAGAGGUAGGAAGGCCAUCAUGAUGGAGGAUGAGGAGAGGAUAGUUGAUGACAACCAAGAACUAGUUGUUGAAGGAGAAGAAGAUGAGAAGGAGACAGAAGGAACCCAGAUGAAGGAGAAGUCAAUAACUGAGAAUGAGAAGGAAAUAAAUAAGAAGGAGGCAGUUCCAUGUACAGGGAAAGAGGUGCCAUAUCCUUUGGUACCCUCAAAGAAAGACAAGGAGCGACAAUUAGCUCGGUUCCUUGACAUCUUCAAGAAAUUGGAGAUAACAAUUCCUUUUGGAGAAGCCCUGCAGCAGAUGCCACUCUACUCAAAGUUUUUGAAAGAUCUGUUAACCAAGAAGAGCAAGUACAUUCACAGUGAAAAUAUUGUUGUGGAAGGAAAUUGCAGCGCGGUGAUUCAAAGAAUCCUUCCACCGAAGCACAAAGAUCCUGGGAGUGUCACAAUUCCUGGCUCUAUUGGUUCUGUGUCUGUUGGUAAAGCUCUUAUUGAUUUGGGAGCCAGCAUUAACUUGAUGCCACUCUCCAUGUGUAGGAGGAUAGGAGAGUUGGAAAUUAUGCCAACAAAGAUGACACUACAACUAGUAGAUCAUUCUAUUACUAGACCCUAUGGAGUAAUUGAAGAUGUUUUGGUCAGAGUGAAGAAUUUCACUUUCCCUGCUGAUUUUGUAGUCAUGGACAUUGAAGAGGAUACUGAGAUCCCCUUGAUCUUUGGUCGUCCCUUCAUGUUAACCGCUAGUUGCGUGGUAGACAUGGGAAAGAAAAAGCUGGAAAUGGGGAUAGCUUAUCAGAAUAUUAGAUUUGAUUUGUUUGAUGAAGACAAGCAUUUGCUCAGCCAGAAUGUCUGUUCAGAGAUGACCUCCAGGAAGAGGAAAGCCAUAGCCUCCCGACCCCGGGAACCAUAUAACACCACCCAUUUUGUUUUUGAGGUCGCUUAG